CAUGCAAACUCAGUUUAAAUCAUGUUUGGUUUCUUGCUCUGUCGACGGAAGAAAGCAAAAGCUCUCACAUGGAAAGUGUUGAAGAUGCUUCAAUCUCGUCUUCUGCUACUCAAACACCAAAAGUAUGCAAAAGCUAGACAUAUACGUAUGGAUAUUGCUGACUACAUCCGAAACAAUGACUCCACCAACGCACUCCUCCGAACCGAACAGCUCUUCCUCCUCGAAAACGCGAUUUCAAUCUACGAUUUGUUGCUUCAGUUCACAGAUUUCAUAAUCCGACGCUUCUCCCCCAUUCGAAAACACGGAGAACUGGUUAAUGACGAUACUUCGGAAGCAGUUUCGACUCUUAUCUAUGCAUCGGUGAAGUGUAAAGAUAUACCUGAAAUGCUUACUUUAAGCGAGCUGGUUGGUCAACGUUAUGGUCAACGUUAUGUAACAACUGCUAUUCAGGUUCUCCCUGGGAAUCUUGUAAACACGGAGAUCAAAAAGAAAUUGUCGAUAUCUUCAGUAUCCGAACAUGUGAAGUGUCGAAUGGUGGAGGAAAUAGCCAAGGAAUCGGGUUACCGUUUAGAAAUACUAAGGCUGGAACAUAAAUCUGAGAUUGAGAACGAGGUGUUUGACGUGAGAGAGAAGAAAUUAAUGGAUUUGGAUAAAGAAGAGAGAAGCAAGAAAGAGUCACCACACGAGGUGUAUAAAUUUAUCCUCACCGAUGUCAAAGACGAGAGAAGCAAGAAAGAGACAUCAAUGAAAGAUGAUUACAUAGAAGAUGUGAUGAAGUCUAGAUUGUUGGCUGAAAAAGCGAAGAACUCCGGUCACCGUUUAGAAAUAUUAAGGCCGGAAUAUAAACCUGAGAUUGAAAAACAGGUUUAUGAAGAGGAAGAGAAGAAAGUAAUUGAUCCCGAUGUGGAUAUUAGAUCUUAUGAAGAGUCACCACACGAGGUGUAUAAAUUUAGCCUCACCGAUUUCGAAGAAGAGAUAAUGGAAGAUGAUUACAUAGACGAAGUGAAGUGUAGAAUGUUGGAUGAAAUAAUGAAGAAAUCCGGUCACCGUUUAGAAAUAUCUAGGCGGAAAUAUCAACCUGAGAAUGAAAAACAGGUUUAUGAAGAGGAAGAGAAGAAAGUAAUUGAUCCGGAUGUGGAUAUUAGAUCUUAUGAAGAGUCACCACACGAGGUCAAUGAAGAGGAAGAGAAGAAAGUAAUGAAUACGGAUAUGGAUAGUAGAUAUGAUGAUGAGUCAUCAGAAGAGGUGGAGAAAUAUUUUAGUCUCACGGAUGUUGAAGAAGAGAGAAGCAAUGAAGAUACAUCAAUGGAAGAUGAUUACAUAGAAGAUGUGAAGUGUAGAAUGAUGGAUAAAAUAACGAAGAAGUUCGGUCACCUUUUAGAAAUAUUAAGGCCGGAAUAUAGUAGACCUGAGAUUGGAAAACAGGUCAAUGAAGAAAAAGAGAAGAAAGUAAUGAAUAUGGAUAUUAGAUCUGCUGAUCAAUCACCAUACAAGUUUAAAGCGCUAAAGGAAGAAGAAAACAAAGACAAAGAAUAUGAACAAAAUGACAUCAGUACUUUCAACAUCGGAUUCAUCAGCUUAGAUUGUGGUUUGGUGCCUAAGGAAACUACUUAUGUGGAGAAGUCGACGAAUAUAACAUACAGAUCAGACGCGACUUUCAUCGACAGUGGAUUUCCCGGGAAGAUCAGUGAAGUAUACAGAACACAGCUUCAGCAACAGACUUGGGCCUUAAGAAGCUUCCCUGAGGGUCAAAGAAACUGUUACAACUUCACCCUCACCGCGAAACGCAAGUAUCUGAUCAGAGGAACUUUUAUCUAUGGGAAUUACGACGGUUUGAAUCGACUCCCGAGCUUUGAUCUUUACAUUGGUCCAAACAAAUGGACCUCUGUUUCGAUCCCAGGAGUAACAAAUGGUUCAGUCAACGAGAUGAUUCAUGUCUUAACACAAGACCGUCUUCAAAUUUGUCUUGUUAAGACUGGAGAAACUACACCAUUUAUUUCGUCAUUGGAACUUCGUCCUUUGAACAAUAAUACAUACGUCACACAAAGUGGAUCGCUGAUUGCGGUCGCAAGAGUUUACUUCUCACCCACUCCACCGUUUGUGAGGUUUGAUGAGGACGUCCAUGACCGAAUUUGGGUUCCAUUAUUAGAUAACAAAACUUCCUUGUUAAGCACGGAACUUUCUGUUGAUACAAGUAACUUCUACAACGUGCCUCAAGCUGUGGCGAAAACUGCUGCUGUCCCGGCAAAUGCUACUCAGCCUCUGACAAUAGAUUGGACUCUCGACGACAUCACUGCACCGUCAUAUAUAUACAUGCAUUUCGCUGAAAUCCAGAAUCUUGAAGCUAAUGAGACCAGAGAAUUCAACAUUACUUACAAUGGUGGCAAAAAUUGGUACUCCUACUUUAGACCUCCAAAGUUCAGUAUAACAACUAUAUACAAUCCAGCAGCUGUGAGUUCUCUAGAUGGGAAUUUCAAUUUCACUUUCUCGAUGACCCGUAACUCUACUCUUCCUCCACUUAUCAACGGCCUCGAGAUUUAUCAAGUCUUAGAUCUUCUACAGCUUGAUACAGACCAAGAUGAAUUUUCGGCUAUGAUGAAAAUCAAGACAACGUAUGGUUUGAGCAAAAGAUCUAGCUGGCAAGGAGAUCCAUGUGCUCCUGAGUUAUAUCGUUGGGAAGGUUUAAACUGUAGUUAUCCUGUCUCUGAACCACCGCGGAUCAUAUCCUUGAACCUGAGUGGAAGCAAUUUGAGUGGUACCAUAACAUCUGAUAUAUCCAAACUAACACAGUUGAGAGAACUAGAUUUAUCAAAGAAUGAUUUAUCAGGAGAUAUUCCAGAUAUCUUUUAUGAUAUGAAGAAUUUAACACUCAUAAACUUAAGCGGAAACCCGAACCUCAAUCGCUCAGUUCCAGACUCUCUUCAAGAAAAGAUAAAAAGCAAAUCUUUAAAACUAAUUAGAGAUGGAACUGAAAAAAAGAGUAAAACCACUCUUGUGGUUGCUAUCACAUUGUCAAUUGUUGGCGUGUUUGCUCUGCUAGUUAUCUUGGCUAUCAUUUUUUUCAUCCGAAGGAAAAAACAGAAAACUAAUGAAGCUUCAGGACCCGCAUCAGUAACUACGGGUACGGUUAAAAGUGAUGCAAGAUCAUCCAGUUCAUCAAUCAUAACAAAGGAACGCAAAUUCACGUAUUCCGAGGUAUUGAAGAUGACGAAAAACUUUGAGAGAGUUCUUGGUAAAGGAGGGUUUGGAACAGUGUAUCACGGAAACUUGGAUGAUACUCAAGUAGCUGUAAAAAUGCUCUCUCAUUCAUCAGCUCAAGGUUAUAAGGAGUUCAAAGCAGAGCUCGGUACAGGAAAACGCAGUGUCAAUGUCUUAAGCUGGGAAACAAGAAUGCAAAUAGCUGUAGAGGCAGCACAAGGUUAUGUCAUUUUUGAAUCAGUUCAAGCUCAAGAUCAAUCAGGAUUCAUCAGUUUGGAUUGUGGGUUAGUCCCUAAGGACACAAUGUAUACGGAGAAGACGACAAAUAUAACAUACAAAUCAGAUGCAAAAUACAUCGAUAGUGGAUUGGUCGGGAGGAUCAGUGAUGAGUACAAACCGCUGCUUCAGCAACAGGGUUGGACCUUAAGAAGCUUCCCUGAGGGUGAAAGAAACUGUUACAACUUCAACCUUACCGCUAAUAGCAAAUAUCUCAUCAGAGGAACCUUUUUUUAUGCGAAUUACGACGGUUUGAGACAAGUCCCCAAGUUUGAUCUUCACAUUGGUCCUAACAAAUGGACUUCUGUUAAAUUGGAUGGAGUAGCAAAUGGAACCAUCCUCGAGAUGAUCCAUGUUUUAACAAGAGACCGUCUUCAAGUUUGUCUUGUUAAGACAGGAGAAGGGAUACCAUUUAUUUCGUCGCUGGAACUUCGUCCGUUGAACAAUAAUACUUACCUCACGCAAAGUGGAUCGUUGAUCGCGGUUGCAAGAGCUUUCUUUUCACCCACUCCAGUAUUCAUAAGGUAUGAUGAGGAUUUCCAUGAUCGAAUCUGGAUUCGACACGUAGAUAGUGCAAAGGUAUCGAUAAGCACAGACCUUUUGGUCGAUACAAGUAACCCUUAUGAUGUGCCACAAGCUGUGGCAAAGACUGCCUGUGUACCUGCAAAUGCUAGUCAGCCUCUGAUCUUUUAUUGGACUCUAGACAACAAUACUUCACAAUCAUAUGUAUACAUGCAUUUCGCUGAAAUCCAGACUCUUAAGGAUGGUGAGAUCAGAGAAUUCAACAUUACUUAUAAUGGUGGCCAGAAUGUGUACUCCUAUUUGAGGCCUGAUAAACUCGAGAUAUCAACUCUAUUCCGUUCAACACCUUUGAGUUCUCCGGAUGGGAUUUUCAGUAUCUCUUUCACGAAAACCGUUUCUGCUAUGGUAAACAUCAAGGCAACGUAUGAUUUGAGCAAAAAGGUUAGCUGGCAAGGCGAUCCAUGUGUUCCUCAGUCUUAUAGGUGGGAAGGUUUAAACUGCAGUUAUCCAAACUCUGAUCAACCUCGGAUCAUAUCCUUGAACUUGGCAGAGAACAAGUUGACUGGUACCAUAACACCUGAAAUAUCCAAGCUAACACAGUUGAUAGAGCUAAACUUAAGUGGGAAUCCAGGUCUCAAUAGCACAAUUCCAGACUCUCUUCAACAAAGAUUAGAUAGCAAAUCUUUAACACUCAUUUUGAGCAAAACUGUAACCCUCAAAGGCAAGAGUAAAGAGGUACCGAUAAUUGCUAUCGUAGCGUCAGUGGCUGGCGUGUUUGCUCUGCUAGUUAUCUUAGCCAUCUUUUUUAUCUUUAGAAGGAAAAAUGGGGAAAGUAUUAAGGCUACAGAACCCCCAUCAGUCCCUAGCGAUAUAGUUAACAAUGAGACAAGACCAUUCAAUCUAUCUAUCAUAACAAAGGAACGCAAAUACACGUAUUCCGAGGUACUCAAGAUGACUAAAAACUUUGAGAGAGUUCUUGGUAAAGGAGGGUUUGGAACAGUCUAUCAUGGAAACUUGGAUGAUACUCAAGUGGCUGUGAAAAUGCUCUCUCAUUCAUCAGCUCAAGGGUAUAAAGAGUUCAAAGCAGAGGUUAAAAAAUAUUCAAAACCUGGUUUAGGAAAACGUGGAGGUAAUGUCCUUACCUGGGAAAACAGGAUGCAAAUAGCUGUAGAGGCUGCACAAGGUGAACAAAAUUCUGACUAGUUUUUUUUUCAUUACACAAAAAUAUGUGUCUGGUUCUCUGUAAGAAAGAUUGACAUAUACA